GAAAAUAACACAUGCGGCACAAUAUUAUUUUUAUUCUCUGCUUCAGUAAUUUAAUAAAUUUAUCGUAUUCAGUGAAAUGUUAUCGAGAUAAUCGAUUAGUGCAUAAUCAAACAUGUGAAGGAGAUUUCUGUGUUGCUAGACGUUCAGGUGCAUAUGUUUCGUUGGAAAUUGAUAGAUUGUGCAUCACUGGACCAAAAAUGCCAAAAUAUCCGUGCACUUUGCUUUGGGAUGAUGAACUCACUUGUUACUGCAACACAGACUAUUGUAAUUCCAAUAAACUAUUCUACUCAAACUACACCGUUCUACCAGUAAUUGAAUGCAAACAAGUUCAUAAUCGAAAUUAUAAACUAGUUACAUGUAACAAGUGUCUUCGAAUCAUCUCUUAUACAAAGAAUCGAAUUGGCCCGGGACGAGAAGACCACGAGGAAAAGAUUCAAUGUAGUAUAUUGGGAGAAUCGGCAGAUUUUGUGAUUGAUACAAAUUCAUUUAGAGAUGAAAUGAUUGCUAGAAACUUUUAUACAGAAGCAUGUUAUAAUGUUUCAAUGCACCAAGAGCAUUUUUAUGUUUUUUGUAGAUGUUCCCAAACAAACUGUAACUCUCCUGAAUCUCCAAUUCCUUAUCCCCUAUCACCACCAACAGUUUCAUGUUUUACCAGUGGAUUUGAAGCCUAUGUUUUUCCAACAAAAUAUUCAACGCCUAAUACGUGGCACGUUGAUAACUAUAAAAAGAUAAUGAGCAAUGAAAGUUAUGUUGAUGAGAACAGUACCUGUCAUGGAGAUAUGUGUUUCAUUGCAAAAGUUGCUGCGGAUGCUGGAGAAUACGAUUUCGAUGUUUAUUAUAAAGGAUGUAUAUCUACGAAUGAACAUGGAAAUAAUUCCAUACAGCUUGGCUACAUGUACCUGAAUGAGAUUGCUUAUCAUAUAUGCAAUACAAACUUUUGUAACUUUAACAUAUCAACUGCUCAACGAGAAGCAAGAAACGGUACUCUCCGAAUUUCUCGUUCAAUUGAUCGUAAUUCCUACUUCUCACACUCUCCAUUUUUUGCUUUUUCAAUCUUCGUUGUUACCAUAAUCCAGAUUUUUAUUUGACAUUAAUAGAUUGCUAAUAUAAUAUUAACGCAAUAAACUUU